AGAGCUCACUACCGAGCACGGUUGCUUCAAUUGCUGUUCGAAUAUAUAUUUUACUUUUAAAAUUAUUCUUCUUCAUUACUAAAAAAAUAACAAAAUGAAUUAUUUAUAUAUAUCCAGUAUUACAAUAUGGCUGUUUACAAUUAUUAUACAAUUAAAUGUGUCAUCGGUAACAUCAAAAUUAGUUUCAAAAUAUAAAGGUGAUCCAAGAGAAUGGCGUGAAUAUGGAGCGGAAGCCAAUUUCGCUCAAUUCAAUAGCUUGUAUGCAAUAAGUAUCAAUGAAGAAAAAUUGCGCAGUGAUAAAUAUUCUUCUGGCAAAUGUGAUUCACUUGACUCACAAGGUACAAAGAGUGCACGAAAUUUAAAUCACCCAAACCAAUGCGCUGGUUCACUUCGCCAUUGCUGGUUCCAAAGAGAAAGUGAACAACGAAAAAAAGCAGAAGCGGAUAUCCAGAACUCAUUUGUCACUCACUGUGCUUCGACUAUGUAUUCUCCUGUCUGCGACCUCGUGGAAGGAGAAAAUACACCUUAUUAUCGCAAUGUACGAGAUCAUACUGGUAACAUUUGCAAGUGCUUAUGUGAACGAGACGAUAUUUCAAAUCUUAAAAACAAGCGUGGUAAAUUACUUGAUUCCAUUUGCUUUGAUCCAGUUUCAGUUGAUGAUGGAUAUGUUGCAACUGGCGCGAGAUUUAAAAGACACGGUAAUGUAAUGUACCUUGAACUUCAACAAGGAAUAUUAUCACAAGGAAAAAUUGAUCCAACAACUCUCAAGUGGACAACUUCAAAUAAUUGUAACUUAAAAAAAAAAAUUAUUGGUAAUUUCCGAAGCGAUGGUAGUUACGAUGGUUUAGAAAUCACACUAGAGGAUCUUACUUUAACAGAGAAUGCAGUUGUCACAGGUGUUACGUUAGGUGCUUCAUUGCGCGGACGAUACGUCGAUGACAAUGGUAAUAUUGAUAAAGAUGAAUCCGAAAUUUUAAAAAAAAGUCAAUGCCAUGGAAGUGCCAUCGAUUUGGUACAUCGUGAUCGAGAUCUUCUGCCGUCCACAGCUUUAAUAGGAACUAAUUACGAACGCAGUGAACCUUGCGGUUGGAAGAUAAUUUUUGGUGGAACUAAAGAGAGUUCUGAUAAUAUACAACAUGUAGUUCCAUUUGUCGAUAUACAGGAGGUCGUCACCGAUCAAAAUUCACCUCAACCUAUUCACGGAAUCGGUUGGUAUUAUCGCGGUUAUCCUGGUUAUGGAGGAUAUCUGGCUCUCAAGAUUUUCACGAAAGAAUAAUAAUAUUUAUUUCAUCAGUAUCGAUGUUAAUCUAUUCAAUAUAAUUUAAUGUACUUAAAAUUAUGUAUAGAAUUG